CCAAAAUAAUAAAAAAAAAAUAAAUAACAUAAGCAUACACUAAAACUACAGUAUUUUUAUAGCUCAUGAAUUCGUAAACAAAACUCGUAAUCAAAAUUAUUCAAAAAUAUGUAUAAGUGACACUGUUGAUACGUAUAUUAAGAGUAAUAUCUUAUGAAAAUUUAUAAAAAAAUUGUUUAAAUGUUAAAAAUAUGAAAUUGAUUUUCAAAAUGGUGUAAAAAUAGUGAUCAAUUAAUAUUAAAAUGGUGUAUAACAUUCCACCCAGUUUUGAUUUCGAUUUUUGGAAUCAAAAUAAUGAUUCUGUUGUUGAAGUUACAUGUCUCAUGCCUAAUAGUGUUUCUAUACCACUAACAGUAUCAAAAAGUACUUCUUUACAUGAGUUAAAAGAGGAAUUAUGGGAAGAAGCUGUAAAAUAUCCCUUACAUGGGAUGCUUCAUGACUCGAGCAGCUACAGUAUAUUUUAUGUAAAUGCAAUGGCUCAGCGUGAAAUGCUUCUAGAUGAAAAUAAAAGACUCUGUGAUGUACGACCAUUCUUAGCUGUGCUCAGUAUUGUAGAGCGCCAAGAAGAUAAAGCUGAUAAUGUACUUAAUGCUCAAAUCAGUAAUCUCAUUGGCAAAGGCUUAAUGGAAUUUGACUCUUUAAAAAGUUCAGAAGUUAAUCAAUUUCGAGGAAAAAUGAAAACUUUAGCUGAUCAAAUGCAAGCUGAUCGCCGAAGGCAGAGUUGGUUAGAACGAUUACUAUACCAAUUUGCUCCACGUCUUGCAGCUUCAACAUUAUCAUCUAAUGUUUUACCAGCAACCGUCACUAGAAGAUUAAGGGAUGAAAAUUUUUCAAUUGUUGUGAAGUUUGAUAAUACUGAGACUACAUUUACUUUCAAUGUGGGCCUUACAACCACACCAGAUCAAUUGAUGAUGCAAAUUUUAAAUAAGCGUGCAAUGAUGUUAAAAACUAGAAAUGAAAAAUGUUCUGAUUUCACUCUUAAAGUCUGUGGAAGAGAAGAAUAUAUUGUUGGUCCACAUCCAUUAAUUGAUUUUGCAUAUGUUCAGGAUAGUUUGUCUCAAGAUCUCAAUCCUAUUUUGAUAGCUGCUUCCAAAAUGAAUGUUCCAGUUCCAGAAGAAUUAUAUGUAGAUUAUAUUGAUACAACAGAGCAAAAUAAAACAAGAACUACAUUAACAUUGAGAAAAAAAACAAAACAUAAAUUGUCAUUUGAAAUUGAUGAAAAAUUUAAAUUUAAAGUUAACUAUAUAAGUAAAUUGAAUUGUGAUGUUACUAGAACUGUUGAAGUAGGAAUAGAAGCAGCUUUGUUUCAUGGUGGUAAAGCAUUGUGUGAAUGUGUUAGGACAUCUGAAAAGAUUGUUAAUAAUGGUGAUUGCACAUGGGAUGAAGAAUUAAUAUUUGAUAUGUCUGUUGCUGAUAUACCACGUAUGGCACGUUUGUGUUUAGUAGUGUAUGAAGUAUCAAAGACUUCUAAAGGUUUAAGAACUAGAAGAAUUAAAGAAUCUAAACAAGAAAUGUUUGUAACACCAAUGGACUGGGUAAAUACUACUGUGUAUGACUUUAAAAAUCAGCUGAAAAGCGGAUCAAUUACUUUGUAUAUGUGGACUUAUGCAGAUGAUAUGCAAAAUGAAGAUUUAUUGCAUCCUUUAGGCACUGUUGUGUCUAAUCCAAACAUUGAACAAACAACUGCUCUUACAAUAACAUUUCAUAGUUAUCAACUUCCUGAACAUAUGGUAGUUUACCCAAGCUUAGAAAAACUACAAGAAUAUGCUGAAAAAAAGGGAAGAGAAGAUUUAAACGAUCAAGCGUCUGGAGAUUCUCAAACAUUAAAAAACUAUUUGGAUCAAAUAAGAACAAUGGCAGAACGUGGAGAACCUUUGGACGAAAUGCAUGAACAAGAUCGUAAAAAACUGUGGCGCCAUAGAUAUCAUAUAUUGCAAUCAGUACCUGGAUUAUUAGCAAAACUAUUAGAUUGUGUUGAAUGGGGUAUUCGUUGGGAAGUAGCAGAAGCUACUACUAUUGUUUCUAAAUGGCCUUUAUUAGGCCCACAACAAGCAUUAGAACUUCUCGAUUAUGCUUAUGCUGAUCAAGUAGUGCGUAGUUUUGCUGUAAAGUGCUUACAAAAACUGAGUGAUGAAGACCUCUCUUUAUUUCUUCUACAACUGGUUCAAGCAUUAAAACAUGAAUCAUAUUUAUGUUGUGAUUUAGUAGAAUUCUUACUCACAAGAGCAUUACAAAAUCAAAAAAUUGGUCAUUAUUUAUUUUGGCAUCUUAGAUCAGAAAUGCAAGUAGCAUCUGUGUCAGUUCGAUUUGGUCUCAUGUUAGAAGCAUAUUGCCGAGGAUCCAUUGAACACAUGAAAACUUUAAUACGUCAAAUGGACUUUUUGGAAAAACUAAAGAAGACCACCGAGUUAGUAAGACAACGCCGAGACAAAGAAAAAGCACGAUCUUUUUUACAAGAAUAUUUUCAAGAAGGUCAUUGUAUUGAAGCUAUGUCAACUGUUCAUAGUCCUCUAGACCCCAGCUAUAAAUGUAAAAAAAUCAGAACUGAAAAAUGUCGUGUAAUGGAUAGUAAAAUGAAACCAUUAUGGAUAGUGUUCGAAAAUGAUGAUGCCCAUGGAGAUGACAUUUAUGUAAUAUUUAAAAAUGGUGAUGAUUUAAGACAAGAUAUGCUUGCAUUACAGAUGAUACGUAUUAUGGACAAAUUAUGGAAAAAUGAAGGACUUGAUUUAAGAAUGAAUCCAUAUCAAUGUAUUUCUACUGAUAAUCGAGUUGGUAUGAUUGAAGUAGUAUUAAAUGCUGAAACUAUAGCAAAUAUACAAAAAGAAAAAGGAAUGUUUUCUGCUACAUCAGCAUUUAAAAAAGGAUCACUCUUAGCUUGGUUAAAAGACUAUAAUCAAACUGAACAAUCAUUACAAAAGGCAAUUGAGGAGUUUACUUUUUCAUGUGCUGGAUAUUGUGUUGCAACCUAUGUACUAGGCGUUGCUGAUAGACAUUCUGAUAAUAUCAUGGUUAAGAGAACUGGACAAUUAUUUCAUAUUGACUUUGGCCACAUCCUUGGUCAUUUUAAAGAAAAAUUUGGUUUUCGUCGAGAGCGUGUGCCUUUUGUAUUAACCCAUGAUUUUGUGCAUGUUAUCAAUAAAGGACAAACAAAAAAAGAAGCAAAUGAAUUUCAGAUGUUUCAGAACUAUUGUGAAAAAGCUUUUCUAAUACUACGACGUCAUGGUUCACUCAUUCUGUCCCUUUUUGCUAUGAUGAUUUCAACUGGUUUACCAGAAUUAGGUUCUGAAAAAGAUCUUAAUUAUCUACGAGAAACACUUGUUCUUGACCUAUCAGAACACGAUGCCACAUUACAUUUUAGGUCAAAAUUUGAUGAAGCUCUUGGAAAUUCAUGGAAAACUUCACUGAAUUGGGCCUCUCACAAUUUAGCUAAAAACAACAAACAAUGACAAAAAUUUCUGAUCGGCUUAGAGCUAGCUAUAUUGCCUUAAAAAUGGUCUGAGCUAAAUGGUGUAGAACUCAACUAUACUAGACAAAACAAAUGUAAAAACAUUUUUCAUUUCUGUUAAACUUAUGUCAUAAGUAGUUAGAAAAAAAAAUUGAUAAUAUCAUGGUUACCCAUUUUUCAUUUAUAUAAAUAUACUAUAAAAAACUUUUUUUUUGGAAUAGAGCUAAAAAAUGAAGUAUAUAAAUUCAUUUACAUGUAUAUAUUAAAAACUUUAUAUAUAAAGUUUUAUAUUUUUUAAAUAAAAUCUUAAAGAAGUACUUUAAAAUUAUUAUAUUCAUAGUAUCAAUGAUAAUUAUUCACCAGAACAAUACCAUUUACAAAUUUGAAACAUUCAUUUUUAUAUAAUUGCUAUUGAUUAUUAUGUUUUUAUAUUCAUAUUAAUUAGUAAUUAUAAUGAUAUGACUAAAAUUAAAGUUUGAUAUUUGUUUUAAAUUAUAUAAUAUAUUGUGUUACAGCUAUUUAUUUUCAUUACAUUAAAAAUACGGAAAUAAAUUUGUGAUAUUUAUUAAUAAUAUAAAUAAUGACUUUAACUAUGUGUAAUAAAUGAUAUUGAAUUUUCUAAAAUUUUAUUAUUUAAUAUAAUCAUAACUAAAAAAUUAUGUUAUAAUAGGAAAUUUUCCGUUAUCAAUGAUAUGAAAAUAUUUUCAUAUAAUAGGAGGUUAAACUUUUAGAAUGUGUCCAAACAUUUUUCGUUUAUUUAUUUGCAUAAAUAUUCAUAUAUUCUUGG